AUGGCCAGCCUUUUGGAGUCAAGGUGGGCGGCGACCCCUGAGCCGCCUGCGGGAGCGCCGCAAGCACCUCAGUCUACCGAAAAGACUGAGAAGCCACAGGAUGACGUCUUUGCGUCGCGUUGGGCAGAUACUCCUGAGCCUGAAGGGGAUGAAGGACCUAAGGACACUGGAAAGUCAGAAAAGAGUGCCAGUGGCGUAUUUGCAGCACGACGGGCAGACACGCCUGAGCCGAAACCGAAAUCCGCAGAGGCGAUUGACGAUGCUCCUAAAUCUGAGAAGCGGACCAGUGGGGCUUUUGCAUCGCGAUGGGCGGCAACACCAGAGCCAGAGGAUGAGGUAGACAAGGGGAUCCAAAGCGGUGCAAAUGUUGAGGACAAGUCGUACCAGUCUCUGAAAGAGAAACCUGUCGGAGAAGACAAGGAAGACGCACAGGCGCAGGACCAACCCAGUGGCAAGGCGGAAACUCAAGUGAUGGCCCUUGAGCCCUCCGAAGCAAACGGACAGCAAUCUGCAGCAAGCACAGCUAUGGAAGAGAAAGCGGAGCGUUCAGACAAUGCCCCGCCAGCGCCCACGAAUACAUCUGUACACCUAGUGCCACCUCGAUUGAAGAAGCGCGUGAGCUGGAACGGGAGAAACAUCGUUAUCUCUAUUCCUCGGUUCGACUACGCCGCUGCGGGAAUUCUGAAGCCUUUGAGCAAGGAAGAGAUUGAAGAUCGGCUGAAGCAUUUCGAGCAGGCUGGAUAUGAUGUCCGCGGCUACGACUUGCAACAGGACGACGUUGCGAUGGCAGAUGGUCCUGCGCAAGUGAGGGCUAUCUUCCCGGACGAAGCAGACAGCCACGCGACCGCAAGCAACGAGAAAGCCAAAGUGUUACUGCCAGAUUUGGAGAAAUGGAAGGCGUACGAGGAUUGGCUUACUGAGCAGAAGCUCGCGGCGCUGGGUGUCACUCUUGGAGGUGAUGAACCAGCGCCAGCUCCCUCGCAAGACAUGUCCAGGCAGUCUUCUGCGCAGCAAUACCCGGCUUUGCCAUUCUCACCGCCGAUACCGACCUCGUCGACCAGUAGUAUGAGCCGACCUAGCAUGGUGAGAGGCCACUCACACACCAUGUCGGUUGCAAGUCCAGCUUCGCCUUUGAACGGACCUUUUGGGCAUAUGCACAGACACUCUACGUUCACGGGUCCCAUUGGGCUGCCUCAAUCGCAGCCGCCUCAGCAAUCUCCUGGGAUCCCCGGCUUCCAGGCUUUCUCCCCGCAGCAGCAGUAUGCGCUUUCUGGGCUGCCGCGUGGCGGCUCACCAGCACAGAUGUCCGCCUUGCGACAAGACCUUGGAACUGUGCGUGGCCCUGGUUCUCCUCUUGCUCAGCAGGUUUUCCCGCAAUCGCCUCAGGACUACAGUAGAGGCUUGAUCGAAGACCAGAGGCGGAGACAGCACGCCUAUUCUCAAUCCAUGCAUCAGCCAAUGAUGCAGAAUACCUUCAUGUCCCAAGGUCCCAACGUGCGGCCUACUCCCGCCCUCCCCGAGCUACCUGAAUACGAGGACGAGGAGUUGGAAGAGGAUCAAGAACCCGCGCCGGAGUCGGCGCCGGAACCAGCACCAGAGCCACCCGUCUAUGUGCCACCUCAAAAGCGUUUCCAAGCCAACACGGAAAUUGCGGUCCCAACUCCGCGUGGUCAUCGCCACAACAUCAGUGAAGGCCUCGAGCGAGAUGUUUUGGAAGCCGAGCAACGCCAAAAGCGCGCCAGUCGGGACUGGAUUGAGGUCACCGAAGAAGAGGAAGACCGUGCCCCUUUCGCUUCAUCCCAGAAGCCAGAUGGCGUUCAGAGACUGCCACCGCCCUUAUCAAGCGCAGCGGAGAAAGAUUCGCUUGGCGACGCUCACCCAGCACAAGAGACCAUGCACCGCCGGAAGGAGAGUUCCUCACGAUUCAACGUGGCUGCACCGUCAUUCACCUUCAAUCCCAAUGCGAAUUUCCAGCCCAGCGUACCAUCCCAGCCCAGCUCGUCGGUCGCGCCGCCACAAUCGAGUUUUACAUUCGGCGCGCAAGCAGCAAGACCAAAUGGAGAGAACGCCUCGAAUCAUAACCGUCAUCGCUCUUCUGGAUCUUUCAACGUGGCUGCCCCGGCCUUCAAGCCUGUGAGUUCCGAGUUCAGCUUUUCUUCCUCGGGUCCAGCAUUUGGACCUGAUGCAGCUCCACAACCACCCAAGCAAGACCGGCGAACCAUCAUCGACGAAUUGCCGAGCAUCUUCGGAAAAGUUGAGAUUCCAGAAGUCGUCAAGCCGGCAAGACGAUCUAAGGCAAUUCCAAUCGUUCGACCCGAAGAGGGCAAGACAGAUGAUUCGGGCUCAGAGCACUUUGAAGACGACGAAGGUCGCGUCGCACAAGGAGAAGCUAAGCGGAAGCAGCAGCGUAGGAUCGGUGACGAUGGAGAUUCAGUUCCCAUGUUUGCCGAGCCAACUCCUGAGCCCGAUCUACCUCCACCCGAGAAAAUCCUUGGCUCGAACGAUGUCAGACCGAUGUCUGCCGUGGACGAGAUCGAGGCGGAAGUCGAGGAAGGGUUGCAAGAUCUUGCGGAGAAGGCUGAAGACACGGUCGUUGAUCAACUUGACAAGGCUCAUCACGAACGUCAACAGCGCGCACAGUCUCAGAGCAAGCAGAAUGGCCACAACAAUUCCGCCUCGCUGUCUGCAGUCGCCAAGCCAUUUGAGCCGCCCUUCUCCGCUACGAGCUCCACUUUUGCAGAGCGACAGCACGAGCAGGUUAACUCCGUUAGCGAUUUAGAAGAAGGAGAGAUUCCAGAGGAUGACUCGCGGUCUGUGUCUCCGAUCCGUGCCUCAGAGCACGUGCCUAAUAUCUCGAUGCAUGACAGUGGCCUCGCUUCAUCGUAUAACCGGCCUCUUGGACCUUCCGGGAUCCCUUCUAGCGAAAGGAUCGACUAUGUUGCUCAGCCAGAGCCAUCAUUUGAUGAGAUCGACGCUGUCAUGCGACAUUUGAAUGCCGAAGAUUCGGAGAGGGAGAAGGAGAGGAAGCCCUCGCCACCACAGUUGCCAAGUCCUGGCGCUCACCCCAUGAAGGGCGUCACGUACUUACGAGAGCAGCCACGUAGCGAUGCUCCUAGUCCCAGCCCUGUGCAAACACAGCAAGAUGAGACCGACGGAGAUCAAACGCUUAAUGGCUGGCCGCAAGUGCGUCAAUUGAAUCGAGCGGAGGACGCUCCAACAAGCGACUGGUCUGGUAUACUCUCGCCUCAAGACGAGGAGAAGCUGCAGCAACGCAGCCACUUCUUCGACAGCCACAUCGACAAGCUUAUCGGGCGUAUCGUUGAACAGCGCCUCCAGCCGCUCGAAGACAGCCUUCGCAGCAUUCAAAGCACUGUCAACAAGCGUGCUCGAUCCUCAGCUCGAUCUUCAGACCUCAGGCUCCAACGCAGCGUCUCCAAUGUGGACAGCGAUGCUGACGAUGAAGAUGAGAUGUCUGAUGAGCUCAAGCAGCGUCCCAUAUCCCGUGGCAGGGACAAGAAGGCCGAUCAGAUCAAACUUGCGGUGUCUGACGCUUUGCGAGAGCAGGGUCCACAACAACUGCAGCCCAAUCUAGAUCUGACUGAGCUUCAUGCAGUGUUGGCAGAUAUGAAGGUAUCCUUUGCCAGAGCUGCCUCUGCCAGCCUUGAGCUUGAUGACAUUCGCGCAGUCGUAGAAGAUUCGCUUAGCCGCCAAAGCCAGGCACUCGUACCUAUCGCGAUGGAUGAGGGCACUGCAGCUCACAAACGUGAGCUUUCGGAGCUCGAAGGCCGCCUGAACGAGACUCUUGCCGGCGCGCUAGAAGAAGCCAACCAGAGACGUGCCUUCGAGGCUCGGGAGACUGAAGCGCGACGGGAUCUGCGCCUCGCUGAGGAAGAGUUGUCACUGUUGCGGGAUACCGCUCGUGACGAAUCUUCGAGACUGCGCGUCAUGGAGAACGAACACGAAGAUCUGCUGAACCGCUGUCGAAGAGAGGAGGAGGCGCGCCGAGACGCUGAGGCCAGGUUGGACGCCGAAGAAGCUGAGAAGGAAGCUUUGCAGGCCACUCUAGAAGAGUACAGGAGGUCGAGCAAUAAGUGGCGACAAGAUCUGGAUGAAGGCAAGCGAGCGCGAGAAGAGCUCGAAAACACGCUUUCCUCCGUUGAGCGCCGGAAUGAGGAGUAUCAAGAGUCCACUGCUAGCAUGAAGCGACGAUUGGAAAGGCUCCAUGUGGACAUGUCCACCGCAGCUGGCCAGCUUGCUAGUGAGAAAGCUAUGUGGAAGUCCAAGGAAGCAGACUACCGCGCCAGGAUCGAAUCUCUGGAGGACCAACAGUCCGCAUUCCACCGGGAGCGCAUGCAACUGGAAGAUGAGCUUCGCAUCGUUCGCAAUAACGCCAUGGAGGCCGCGGAAGCAAGGCACAGCGUCGAGCACCUUCGUGAAGCAAACAACUCCCUGGAUGAGAUGGUGCGCAGGCUGCAAGGCGAUCUCACCGAGCAGCAGGCACUUGCGGCUCGCUACGAGCGACAGUUCUAUGAUGCUCAAGAAACUGGUCGAGCUGAAGUCCAUCGCACACGCAUGUCGCUGGAAACUGAGAUGGAGGCUGCCAAUCACCAGGUAAACCUGGUUCGUGCUGAGCUAGAGAGUGAGUUGGCAAAGACCCGAAGUGAGCUUGACAACCUGAGAAUGGAAGCGGAGACCGCCAGGGCCCGACAUGAACACCUCAUGGAAGAAGAGGAGAGCGUCCGGAGAGAAGCUCUGCGCAAAGUCAAUCACUCCAACAGCGUGGCUUUGGACGAGGCCCGCCACAAGUACGAGUCUGCCAUCCAAAAUCUCACUGCUCAACACACCCGUGCCAUUUCACACGCUCUGGAGGACAAGCAGCGAAUGGAGGGUUUCUUGAAUGAGAAACUUGCGCUUGCGGAUGCUAAGCUUGCCCAUUAUCAAGAAAGAACGGCACAUCUCGAGGAACGCCUAGAGGUCGCCACGUCGGCUGCUCAAGCUGCCGCAAUGAACGCGAAGACGUCCAAGGCGGCUCCCGCGCCUACUACCUCAACCGCCGGCGUUCCUGAGAAGGUUUCGCCCCAAGCACUCCGGGAAUCAAUCCUUGUCUUGCAGGAGCAACUCCAAGAGCGCGAAUCUCGCAUCGAGCGCAUGCAGGCCAAGAUCGACGAGGCCCCGGCGAAACUCAAGGAGCGCGACACCGAGAUCAACUGGCUACGUGAGCUGCUUGACGUGCGCAUCGACGAGAUUAAUGAUGUCGUACACGCACUCCAGAAGCCCAAUUUCGAUCGAGUCGCUGUUAGAGAUACUGCCACGCGCAUUCAGACCAAUCUCGAGAUGGAGAGGCAGGAGAAGGAGCGCUUUGGCCGUGCUCAACAGUCUCUGAGUGGACAGGCUCUGUCCAACUUGACAAGUUUUGCUACUCCUCGAGCCGGUCAGCUCACUUCGGCCUUCAAUAAAUGGCGCAGUAGUAUGGAAAGCUCCGCUCUGAAGAAUCAGCAGGCUCGUCCUGGAGCACCAGCUCGGUCAUACACGCCAUCGAAGCCGCAGUCUCGGCCGCCGCUCCCAAGCUACUCUUCUGGCGGUCUCAUGACGCCUCCUGCAAGCAAUCUUCGGAGCUCGCCCCUGCCAGAUGAGACCAAUGCGCUGUCUCGGCCCCAAUUGAAUUCUAGGCCUGGGUCAAAGUCGUCUGCGCGCAGCAACGCGGAGCAGGCUAGGCCAAGCAGCAGGCAUGCAUCCGGAACUUCGGAGCGUCCGCACACGCCCUUGUUCCGCGAGCAGAGCUACGAUCGCGAUGCCGACUAUAACGAGCCCGAGAUGCCGAAUUUCGAAGACGACGACCUCGAUGAUGUUGCAGACCAUCAGCCGCCCGCGUUCCGUUCGCUGGAACACGAGCUCGAAGAACCGGAAGGAGAGACAGAAGCAGUGGCCUAG